CACCUUCCGAUAGUCGCGGCCUCUAGUGGCGUCAUUGCAAAAGCGACCACUACGGUCCCAUUGGUUGGCUGCAUAGAGUUUCAUACAAAAAUACUGGCUGCGAAGACGACAGCAGUGGUAGCGUAUAGAUGUUCUGUAACGACACACUGCGUCAUUCCGGUACACCAUAUGCAGCAUUGAAACCCGCAUAAACUCUACAUUUCUCUCUAGACAGCCUCAUGAGAUUGGUUCUAUAAUCUAUGAUGCAGGAGGCAAGCGAAACGCGGCACGCUUUUCACAGCCUUCCGUUCAGCCGUUCCCGCAGCGCCAUUUGUGCACUAAGCGACUAAUCUCAGGGCAACGUUUCUAGACUAGGUCUAGAAACGUUGUCUCAGGGCAUGGUGUGCUUGCUUGUUGGAGAAGGGGACUUUUCGUUCGCCUUGGCGUGGCUGUCACAGCACCCGGAAAAGCACUUGGUGGCCAGCUGCCCGCACGGGUAUUCGGACGAAGCACGAGCCAAUGUGGACAAGUUGAACGCCAUGGGUGUUACGAGUACUAAUGGACGUGGAUGCCAGGCGCCUGCACGAACACCCGUGGGUGUCACGCUGCGCACAGCUGAGCGAAAUUGUCUUCAACUUUCCACACGUCGGGGGCAAAAUGAAGAUUCACGAGAACCGCAAACUGCUGCGAGACUUCUUUCUCAGGGCGGGUGUUGCGGCCCGGUUCACUGGUGCGCGUGGCCCUCUGCCGUGGUCAGGGGGGCACCCCUGCCGAAAGCCACUUGCGUUGCCCCGGCAACACGUGGCAGGUGGUACAGAUGGCUGCACCCGGUGGAUUUAUCCUGCACCAGGUCCUGCCUUUCUCUGCACCGGCAGGAUACACUCCACGUGGAUACAGGGGUGGUGCCAAAGGCUUCCACACUGAGGGUGCCCUGACGCACGUGUUUUGCCUGGUGGGCAGUGCAAUCCCGGUGCUGCCCAGUGCUGCCCAGUCUGCCAUCUGUGCAGAGCAGAACCCGAUGGCCAUUCACAUCAGGACUUUGAUGGCUGCCGAUGAAAACCCACUGGGCAGAACAGUGCACCAUUUGGCUAAAACGCUUGAACUGGACGUCGGUGACUUGAUUACGUCUUGGGCUGCCCAUAAGGAUGUCUCUGGUACUGCGUGGAGGUGCCGUGUGGAGAGAUCGCUCACAUGUUCACCUACAGAGCCACCGUUUGGCCAUAUUUUGGACAUCGACAUUAGUGAUGCUGCCAGGCUGAAAGUAGUCUUGUGCUCGCUUCGAGACAUUUGUGGACAUAAUUUGAUGUUUCGAAAAUUUUCUUCACUUCAGAACAAUGCAGACACUGAAGGCUGGCAUGGGUACUGCAGGGGCCUGCUUGUAACCACGUUGAUUUCUAAUACGCCUCUGAACUCGCCAACAUCUGAAAUAUCAAUGGGCGAGAAAUUGGUUUUGCCAUUGAAUCAUAUAACAUCUUGCAGUGCCAGUUUUGAAGAAAACAGCUGUUCACUACGGACCAGGGCAUGUAAUUUGCUGUCUGAUUGUUUUAAGUCUUUAAACAUAAAAGUUGAUCCUAUUUUUCCUUGCAAGAUGAGCAUACGUAUUGAAUUGUUAUCGCUUGCAUCCAGCGACUUUGAUGACUGGCGCCUACUGCUGCCACAGCCUGGUCCACGGCCAUUGUUUCCAACUGCUUCAUUCACUCACGAUCUCAGCUUCUGGUUGGGCGAAGCAUUUGACCAAGGCCGCUUGGUGAUGUUUAUUGUCAACCGGGUGGGUGACUUGCUUCGAAGCCUGGAGCUCAUUGACAAUUACUUGGACGCCAAAACUGGGUGCCGCAGUCAGUGCUACAGGCUUUGCUACCAGUCACUGAGGAAAGCCCUCAGCCAAGAAGCUGCACGAGAUUUCCAUUUGGCCCUGGGUGUGGAUGCCAGUCAAGCGCUUCCUGUGACACUCAGGUGACGGAAUGAACUCGCUUUUUUAGUGUCCUUCAAUUCCUCUUGCUUGUAAGAGUAUGCUAUUGGUGAAUAAUACACUUUGCAAUUACAAAUUUCCUGAACUGAGAACUUUCUGAACACAAUUCGUACUGGAUUGAAGUAAUGCUGCAACACAUUAUGAUCUAAACUGCUCAUCAGCCAUCAAGGCCCAUGAGACCACGACAGCAAGUAUAAAUACACUGUGGGCAGCAAGAAAUUGGCACUUUUGCGUCAAAAAUGGUGAAAAUUGCUUUUUCAUUUCUCGGCAAACAAAGCUGCUGGUGGGACCAUUGACUUGAAUCAUUAAAAAUCUUCUGUGAUGCUUAUAGUAUUGUUUGUGUUCAACAAAUAAUAUAAAUGCAGCAGUCAAAUAUCAUUACAAUGAAUGUGCAGUGGCCCUAAUAAAGUACUGAAUGCUAUCA